GCUGACCCCCCCUCUUUUCCCACCCCUCAGGAGAGGGUGGCCGAGCUUUCGGGGGUCCCCCCCGAGGACCAAGUGCUGCUCCACGCUGGGACCCCCCUGGACGAUGAGGCCGUGCUGGGGCAGAGCCCCCUCCCCGAAUUCGCCACCCUGGACCUCUCCACGCGCCUGCUGGGCGGGAAAGUCCACGGCUCCCUCGCCCGUGCCGGUAAAGUGAGGGGCCAGACCCCCAAGGUGGCCAAGCAGGAGAAGAAGAAGAAGAAGACGGGGCGUGCCAAGCGGCGCAUGCAGUACAACCGGCGCUUCGUCAACGUCGUGCCCACCUUCGGCAAGAAGAAGGGUCCCAACGCCAACUCCUAAACCCCAAUAAAGGAAUUUGGGCUCAGUUCCCAGCA